UUAGCAGACACUUUUUUUUUCUUCUCCCUUUGUGGUCCCCAUAGAGGAAGGGUAGCUCUUUAACCCUUUCUUGGGAAGAGGAGGAGAGGAAGGGGCACCCAUGCCCAGCUGCUUCCCUUUGUCUGAGGCUGCUGUGGAUGGAAGCAUUGUUCUGUGGCUGGGCUUCCCAGGGGGGUCUCGCAGCGCUCUCUCCGCUCUUCUCCUGUUGCUCCUGUCUCGCUCCACCUCCAAGCCUGGGCUUCUGGAAUAUGAGGCACCAUGGGCUGGUGUGAUCGUGGGGUCCAGAUGCUGCUGACCACCGUGGGGGCUUUCGCAGCCUUCAGCCUGAUGACCAUCGCCAUUGGCACCGACUACUGGCUCUACUCCCGGGCUCACAUCUGCAACGGGACCAACUUCACCAUGGACGACCCCCAGAGCCAACCCAAGAAGACCAAGGGGGACCUCACCCACUCAGGACUCUGGAGGAUCUGUUGCAUUGAGGGUCUCUACAAAGGAAACUGCUUCCGGAUUAAUCACUUUCCCGAAGACAAUGACUACGACCACGACAGCUCCGAGUACCUCCUACGGAUUGUCCGCGCCUCCAGCGUCUUCCCCAUCCUCAGCACCAUCCUGCUGUUACUGGGCGGCCUGUGUGUCGGCGCCGGGCGGAUUUAUAAUCGGAGGAACAACAUCAUCCUCAGCGCCGGGAUACUCUUCGUGGCAGCCGGGCUCAGCAACAUCAUUGGCAUCAUCGUCUACAUCUCCAGCAAUGCAGGGGACCCCAGCGACAAGAAAGACGAGGACAAAAAGAAUCACUACAACUAUGGCUGGUCGUUUUAUUUCGGGGCCUUGUCCUUCAUCGUGGCGGAGACCAUAGGAGUACUGGCCGUCAACAUUUACAUUGAAAGGAACAAAGAGAUCAGGUUUAAGUUGAGGAGGGAAUUUCUUAAGACCUACUCUUCUCCGUACGCCAGGAUGCCAAGCUACAGGUACCGUAGAAGAAGGUCGAGGUCCAGCUCUCGCUCCACGGAAGCGUCUCCUUCUCGGGAGGUUUCCCCCCUUGGAAUUAAAUAUGCCACCACCAUUCCGAUGGGCGAGAUUUCUAUGUACACACUUUCUAGAGAACCUUUGAAAAUCACCACAGCGGCCAGCUUUAACCCGGACCCAGACGGCAAUUUCAUGCAAGUCCACAACUGUUUCCAGAAAGAACUGAAGGAAGGCUUUAACAUCAGUGUGGUUAAUCGAAGGACAACCCCGGUUUGAUCGCGGAUCCUUGGUGCAGUGAGGAUUUUAUAUACAAAAAGGAAAGCUAUAAGUGGACAUUCAUGGAUAAAUAACCACAAUGGUGCCACUAAACUAUAAAAAACAGUAUUACAUGAAAGUGCCGUAAAGUACAAAAGAACGGGCAGUUCUUCCCCUACCCAGAAGACAGUUUCAGUGGAUACGUGUACUCCUAACCAAAUGUUUGUAGACUGUUCAUUGUUAAUUUCUUCUUUUACAAAGUAAAAAAAAAUCUGUGCACUUUUUGGUUUCCUAUGUCGUGAAGAACACAGGAGAUUCCAUGUAAGAAGACGUAUUGGUGACCAACACUUGGUUUCUGCUGGACACUGAAACAUUUGGUUAAAAGAAGCAAGGGUGGAAUUGCCCUCAAACUCCUUUUGCCAGAAUAAGCCAUGUUGAAUUUAUAUUGCCAACCCUGUUUUAUUGUAUUAGAAGCUCCAAAGCAAAACUACCACUAUGGCCUCCACUUAACACUUAGUGGUUGAUAUAAUGGAAAUAACCAUUGAGAUUGUUUGAUAGAAUGGAAAUAACCAUCGAGAGUGUUUGAUAGAAUGGAAAUAACCCUCAAGAAUGGAAAUAACCAUCAAGAGUGGUUGAGAGAAUGGAAAUAACCAUCAAAAUUAUUUGAUAGAAUGGAAAUAACCAUCGAGAGUGGUUGAUAGAAUGGAAAUAACCAUCAAAAGUGGUUGAGAGAAUGGAAAUAACCCUCAAGAAUGGAAAUAACCAUCAAGAGUGGUUGAGAGAAUGGAAAUAACCAUCAAAAUUAUUUGAUAGAAUGGAAAUAACCAUCAAGAGUGGUUGAUAGAAUGGAAAUAACCAUCAAGAGUGGUUGAUAGAAUGGAAAUAACCAUCAAAAUUAUUUGAUAGAAUGGAAAUAACCAUCAAGAGUGGUUGAUAGAAUGGAAAUAACCAUCAAGAGUGGUUGAUAGAAUGGAAAUAACCCUCAAGAGUGAUUGAUAGAAUGGAAAUAACCAUCGAGAGUGGUUGAUAGAAUGGGAGUAACCCUCAAGAAUGGAAGUAACCAUCAAGAGUGGUUAGGAGAAUGGAAAUAACCCUCAAGAAUGGAAGUAACCAUCAAGAGUGGUUGAUAGAAUGGAAAUAACCCUCAAGAAUGGAAAUAACCAUCAAGAGUGUUUGAUAGAAUGGAAAUAACCAUCAAGAGUGGUUGAUAGAAUGGAAAUAACCAUCAAGAAUGGAAGUAACCAUCAAGAGUGUUUGAUAGAAUGGAAAUAACCAUCGAGAGUGGUUGAUAGAAUGGAAAUAACCCUCAAAAAUGGAAAUAACCAUCAAGAGUGGUUGAUAAAAUGGAAAUAACCAUUGAGAUUGUGUGAUAGAAUGGAAAUAACCAUCGAGAGUGGUUGUUAGAAUGGAAAUAACCCUCAAAAAUGGAAAUAACCAUCAAGAGUGGUUGAUAAAAUGGAAAUAACCAUUGAGAUUGUGUGAUAGAAUGGAAAUAACCAUCAGGAGUGGUUGAUAGAAUGGAAAUAAACAUCAGGAGUGGUUAGGAGAAUGGAAGUAACCAUCAAGAGUGGUUGAUAGAAUGGAAGUAACCAUCAAGAGUGGUUGAUAGAAUGGAAGUAACCAUCAAGAGUGCCUCGGAGUCGGUACGCUCUGUAUGCUUCACCCAUUCUUGUUGGAUGACCCCGCGGUACAUUUACAGCGUGAUGCGCCGGGAAAAGGUUUUGCUGUCAAUAUAUUAGCACUCUUGAGCCCCAAAAUGUUCCCUCCAUGGUGGAGCGUGUAUAUAUCUGGGUUGCCCCAAGGCACACACUGUGGAUUUUUUCGAUUUCCUCCUUCUCUUCCCUGGUCUUGGUAGAAAUGGCACAGACUGAACCGCGGGCCUUUUGUAUCAAUGUUUUGGAUUCUGACCUGACUGUUUGGAACUUUGACUGUUACGUAAACAUUGUUAAAAAAAAAAAACGAAAUAUGGGCCAAUCUCAUUCAUAAUCUGCAAAAUCAAAAAUACUAAAACAAUCUAAGGCCAAAAACCCCAACAACAAUGGAUUCUAAAUAAUAUUAGAAAAAAAAGUAAUGCAAUUAAAGUUUUGAUUUUAUGUAUUUCUUUGUUUUACGAAAAACAAAGGAAAUCCAAGUAACCCAAUUGUCACAGAUCAUAUUCUAGGUGAGAUUUGCCCCUAU